ACCGAACCCCUCACUGAACACUUCACCGAAUCCCUCACCGAACACUUCACUGAACACCUCUCCAAAGAGCAAUACACCUACUGUUCCUUCAGUUAGCACCAGUAUGAUCACAGGUAUCUAGCUAUCUAUCUAUCCAUCCAUCCAUCCAGUCAGUCAGUCAGUAUUUAUUUUAUGUUAACAAUGCCUAACUUGAUCCCUGCAUUGUAUUUUGUCUAUAGCUUCAAGCAAUAGCUCAUUAAUGGGAAAUGACACAGUGCUGCUCUCCUGUCCAGAAUUUACUUGCACUACAAAUUGUUACACCCAGUUCAUGAAUGAGACGGCAAAUCUGUGCCCAUCCAAUGAUUACUCCUGCGAGUUAACAAAACAGGACACAAGUUAUUCUGUCAACUGCAGUGCCUCAUGUGGCGUGUCCUGUGGGAAUGCGACUCUCAAUAAUUGCUCUGUGGACUGUUGCAACACAACCAACUGCCUCAACACCACUCUGUUUGCCAUGACUAAUUCAGCCACUACAACAGCUACAACAAAAGCCACUACAACAACCACAACCAUUAAAGUCACAGUUGCACCAACUCAAGCAAAUAACGGCAAGAAGUGUCAUAAUUUCACUUGUAAUGGGGUAUCGUGUUUCACCGGCUUUACCAACACCAUCAUGAUGUGUCCAAUUACUCAAGAUUACUGCAUGCUAAAAAAGACAACUUCCACAAAUGGAGAAACUUGGCAGGGCAGUUGCAGUACAGAUUGCAGAUUGCAGCAAUCUUGCACAGCCUCAGUCAUUCCUUGCUACUUGGAGUGCUGCAACGCCUCGACUACCAACUCCUGCCUCAAACUAUCAGGUCAAUUGAACAUGCCCAGCUCCGCCACCUGGGGUCCUCACUCUUCUGCACUGCUCAUGGCCUCUUUACUGCUCCUCUUGAUACUGAGAGCCCUUGCUUGAGGGUAACAGUCACAUUUACGAAGCAAUUCAGGGAAGAGCCAUUUUCAGUUUACCACUUGAUAAUUUUGUGAUUGAAAAUCUAAUUUACACCUGGAAAUAAAAAGAAAGCUUAGAAUUUAAAACAAAGCAAUGUUACGACAUAAAAUGAAAAAUUAAGAUUCUGCACUUUUUUUACAGGCUACUAAUCAAAUAAGCAAAUUUGUGGAAAACAUUGUGGGGAAAAAAAAGUUUUUCAACUUUCACAAUUUGUAAUGAUUUUUGUUUUCUUAAAUUAGAAAAAUGCAAAAUAUUACAUUUUUGUUUACUAUGGUCUCAAACUCUAAUGGCAUAUAUACUAAAAAUACUUCUGAGAUUUCCCAUGAGAGUCUUGGAAUCCAAAUUCUGAUAUUUCAUUAUUUUAUGACAGCAAUAACAAAUUGCUUGUACAAUCAGGCAGAUUUGUGUCAAGUGUGUCACCCUGUGUACACUCAAAAUAAUAUGAACAAACAAGUUAAUGCCAAUUAAAUAAAGGAGUAUGCACUUUACGCAUCUAAAUAGAUAUUCGACAGUUGUAAUAUUUUUAAUACAUUUAUAUACUGGUCACAUGAAAGCCUAUAUAUCCCUAGGCACAAAAACAGAAAGCUUUAUUUUUGCAGAGAACAAUGUUUAUUGAAAUAUAAGUGUACAGAUAUAUGAGAAUUAUCUAAUUUUAUUAAAGAACUAGUGAUAACAUCUGAUUUCAGAAUUUCUGUCUAUUGCAUGUUCAGAUACUAAUUUCCAUUGAAACUAGAAGCUAUUUUCAAAAUAUUAUCAUUGAUCAUUUAAUAAAUGUUGUUAUAUAUAUAAGGGUUACAUUAUAUGUAUUUCUCUGCAAUGCUUUCAUCUGAAAAUAAUGAAAUAAUGGUAUAUAGUCACAUGAGAUGGUAAUCAGUUUCAGCCUUAUAAAUGUGACAGAUGUGAAUAAUUGCUUUUUAAAUGAUUAAAUAAAUGCUUUAUCUUCUCAGGACCCAGUCUAGCAUUUAUUUGAAUGUGCACUUGUACAUUUUGUUGUUGUAACACAGUUCAAUGGAAAGGAGGAGUCGAGAACCGGCUUGGCAGUAUAAAUGAUAAUUUAAUGAUAACCUUAACCAAAAAGACAAAUACACACACAGGUAUCGGGCAGCUGCCCGUAACUCUCUC